GCAGUUUACUGACACCGCUACAACGUGUUUUUAUCGCUGGCUGUCCAGACGGAAGGUGCUGAAACGCUUUGUCGCGUGUCUGGAAGAAGUGAAAACUUUCCUGGGCAGCAAAGGGCUCACCUUUCCUGAGCUGGAACAGCCAGAGUGGCUGGAAAAGCUACACUUCAUGGUAGACAUGACAGCGCACCUGAACACGCUGAACACAGCUCUUCAGGGGAAAGGACGUACAGCCCUGCACAUGUUGGAGGAUGUUUUGGCAUUCGAGCGCAAGUUGACAGUGCUUGCCAGAGAUUUACAGAAAGGCACUUUGUCUCACUUCCCCAAUUUGAGAGAGUUCAAACAAGGUCACGACAUGAUAAUUUCGGAGUAUUUACAUUCUGCAAUCAUCGCAAUGCAAACAUCGUUUGGGAAACGCUUCUGUGAGUUCAGAGAGGAAAAAAACACAUUAUCCUUCCCGGUCACUCCCUUAAGCAUCGAUCCUUCCCUACUGAAUACGACUGCAUUGGCAGGUGUGAGUCAACCUGAUCUUGAGAUGGAACUGGCCGACAUAGCCGACAAAGACAUAUGGGUGUCCAAGUUUAGACGCUUGACAGCAGACCUUGAAGAUGUUGCCCGUCAGAAGGCCGUUCUUGCUCAGAAACACAAAUGGAGUGAUAUUGAAAACCUCACAGAUGACAGCUUGCGAUCCUGUGUAAAGAUGAAGGUGACAUCAUACAGCCCUGAUGUGCAGACGCUGUGCGCUGAGGUCCAGGAGCAGAAAUCCCAUUAACCAAGAUGACAGCUGGCUGACGUUAUUUUUGGUUUGCUGCUGGCGGAAAAUUUAAGUUCGGCGUUUUUCAUAAAUACAAGAAGGACUCAAAUAGACAUUGAAUAUUUUACUUAAAAGUAACUUUCAACCCAACGUCUUUUUUUCGGAGUUCAAAAUGUUUUUGUUGCAUGCAGAAAUGUAAUUUCGUUUUCUCUGCAGGAGUUCAUCAAUAGUUUGUUUAUACAUAGCAUAAAGGCAAAAAAAAAAACGUUGUAUGCAGUGUUAUUUCAUUUUAAAUGUCAAACGGGUUUUGCGGCUCCCAGUGUUUUCUUUUCUGUGGGAAACGGGUCC